CAGAUUAUUGGGACGUCCAUUUCAUUUUCCAUUGCAUUCUGGGAACUUCCUUUUUUGUAAGGUAACCAACAUGGGUUAUCGAGGGCGUAGAAAGUGUCUUAAACGUCUAACUGCACCAAAAUCAUGGAUGCUAGACAAAAUGAGUGGAGUGUUCGCUCCACGACCGAGCACAGGUCCUCACAAACUAAGGGAGUCACUGCCCUUGAUUGUAUUUCUUAGAAACAGACUAAAGUAUGCUUUGACAUACGAUGAAGUAAAGAAGAUCGUACACCAGAGAUUGAUCAAAGUUGACGGCAAAGUCAGAACAGAUAUGACAUUUCCAGCAGGAUUCAUGGAUGUUGUUACCAUUGAUAAAACACAGGAAAACUUCCGUCUUCUGUAUGAUGUAAAAGGUAGAUUUGCUGUCCACCGCAUCAAGUCUGAAGAAGCAAAGUACAAACUGUGCCGUGUAAAGAAAGUUGGAGUAGCUUUGAAGGGAGUUUGCUAUGUUGUCACACAUGAUGGACGUACAAUUCGUUAUCCAGAUCCAUUGGUCAAAGUCAACGACACAAUAAUGGUAGACAUUGCAACUGGAAAGAUUAAAGAUUUCAUCAAGUUUGAUUCAGGAAAUCUGUGUAUGAUAACUGGAGGCCAUAAUUUGGGAAGAGUUGGAGUUAUUCAACACAGAGAAAGACAUCCAGGAUCAUUCGACAUAGUUCACAUUAAAGAUUCUUUAGGACAUAGUUUUGCUACCAGAUUAAGCUACGUUUUUAUCAUCGGAAAAGGAAACAAACCAUAUGUAUCACUUCCACGUGGUAAAGGUGUCAAAUUGAGUAUUGCUGAAGAGAGAGAUCGCAGGAUGGCAGCGAAAUAAACUGUAGAGACUGCAUCAAAUAAAAAAAAAUAAUGGAAGAA